AAAUGCAUUUGGGAAAAUCCUGGGCAUCCAGGCAGUCAGUAGAACAGUAACUGGCUCACAUGUAUGCAUUUUACUUGUGAAGUCAGAGGAGCUGUUUAUACUGCUGUCUGCUUGUGAGGGGACAAAAGCAGAGGAUCUGUCCCUUAAAGUGAAUGGCAAUUCUAACAGGAGCUUUUCUCAGCUUUGUAAAUCUGAUAGGCUUGGAUAGAUGAGCAAUGCUAGCAUAUAAUGUGCGUGGAUCUUUUAGGCUUGGUAGUGGACUAAGGGAUGCUUUUACUUGCUGCUGAAUCUGACUAUAACUGUAUUGCCAUAGGACAGUUAUCAUGGGGUCUACUGCUACGGAAAUCGAGGAGCUGGAAAACACUUCUUUUAAAUACCUUAUAGGAGAACAGACUGAAAAAAUGUGGCAACAGCUGAAGGGAAUACUAAGAUGCUUAGUAAAACAGCUGGAAAAAGGUGAUAUCAAUGUUGUGGACUUAAAGAAGAAUAUUGAAUAUGCAGCAUCUGUGUUGGAAGCUGUUUACAUUGAUGAAACGAGGAAAUUGUUGGACACUGAAGAUGAACUCUCUGAUAUCCAGAUUGAUUCAGUACCAUCAGAAGUACGGGAUUGGUUGGCUUCUACUUUCACACGGAAAAUGGGGAUGACAAAGAGGAAACCUGAAGAAAAACCAAAAUUCCGUAGCAUUGUGCAUGCUGUCCAGGCUGGAAUUUUUGUGGAUAGGAUGUACAGACGGAGUUCCAGCAUAUCUGGUUUAGUUUAUCCAGCAGCUGUCAUUAUAACAUUAAAGGAUGUAGAUAAAUGGUCAUUUGAUGUAUUUGCCCUAAAUGAUGCAAGUGGAGAGCACAGUCUGAAAUUUAUGAUGUAUGAACUGUUCACCAGAUAUGAUCUUAUCAACCGCUUCAAGAUUCCUGUUCCUUGUCUAAUUUCCUUUGCGGAAGCCUUAGAAGUUGGUUACAGCAAGCACAAAAAUCCAUAUCAUAAUUUGAUUCAUGCAGCAGAUGUCACUCAAACUGUGCAUUACAUAUUGCUUCAUACAGGUCUCAUGCACUGGCUCAAUGAACUGGAAAUUUUAGCGAUGGUCUUUGCAGCUGCCAUCCAUGAUUAUGAGCAUACGGGAACCACCAACAACUUUCAUAUUCAGACCAGGUCAGAUGUGGCUAUUUUAUAUAAUGACCGUUCUGUUCUGGAAAAUCAUCAUGUGAGUGCAGUGUAUAGGCUUAUGCAAGAAGAUGAAAUGAAUAUUUUGGCAAAUUUAUCCAAAGAUGAUUGGAGGGAUCUUCGAAACCUGGUUAUUGAGAUGGUUUUAUCUACUGAUAUGUCAGGUCAUUUCCAGCAAAUUAAGACUAUUAGGAGCACUUUGCAGCAGCCAGAGGGGAUAGACAAAGCGAAAGCCAUGUCCUUGAUUCUCCAUGCCGCAGACAUUAGCCAUCCAGCAAAAUCCUGGGAACUGCAUCAUCGGUGGACCAUGGCUUUAAUGGAAGAAUUUUUUCGACAGGGAGAUAAGGAAGCUGAGUUAGGCCUUCCCUUUUCUCCACUUUGUGAUCGCAAGUCAACUCUGGUGGCCCAGUCACAAAUAGGUUUCAUUGAUUUCAUAGUAGAGCCAACGUUUUCUCUUCUGAUGGACUCAACAGAGAAAAUUGUUACUCCUCUUAUAGAGGAAGCCAUAAAAACUGAAAAUUCUCCCUUUGCAUCAAACAGCUCACCUAACAUUGGAUCUGUAAAUAUUGGGGAUGCUUUAAAAAGACUGACUAUUAAAAGCAACAUAUCUGAUAAGUCUAAUUCCUCAGACUAUUCUCUUGCAACAGUGGACCUGAAGGGCUUUAAGAAUAACUUGGUGGACAUCAUUCAACAGAACAAAGAAAGGUGGAAAGAGUUAGCAGCACAAGGUGAGCCUGAGCUUUGCAAGAACUCAGAAGAGGUAAUAAAUACCACAGAAGAAAAACGUGAAGUGAUUCGCCACCAGUAGGUUUGAGACAUUUAAAGGCUUCUGAUGUAUUACAAAUGAGAGAAAAAUCAGAACAGCACAUAUAUUUCCUAAUCCUCAAAUGGCCAGAGGCUCUACUCUAAGCAUAUUUUUCGACCCUGCCCUUUUUAAUGGAUGAUAAUGGAAGAAAAUUAUGUUAAAAACAUGGAAUCCUGAGCUGGUAACUCAGGCCAUUUUGAUAUUUUCAAAGUUUUGGUAGUGUUUUCUCAUUAUUAUUACUAUCAUCGUGUCAUCAUCAUUGUGUUUCCUCUACUAUUUGGCCUUCUUCAAUCAAGCCAGAAAAAAACAAACAAAAAAACACAAAAACCUUUUCAGUCAAAAGUUGGAUUACUUUUGAAAUCUGCAUUGUUGAAAGCUAUUCUAACUUAGCUGACUGUGAAAUGUGUAUAAAUAUAAUAUGUAUUCGUUCAUUCAUUCAACUAUUCUGUGAUGUACUGUUUUAUGAAAAUUGCUGCAGUUGGCAAUUUCUUUUUUUAAAACUUGUGGGGGAAAAAUUUCUUCAGUCUUGGAUGGCAGACCAUUUAAAUCAUCCUUGUUAGAUUUCUAUCAGUGUUUGGGAACAAAGUCACUUAAGAAAGCAAUGAAUAUACAAUUGUAUUGUGGCUACAAAGUAGUGGACACCUCAUUAUGACUGAGAACUUCUGAUAAAAGUCAAUGGAACCUUUGUCUGAAACUAACCGGUCAACUUGUAGCUCAUCAUCAUCAUUGUCUACAUUAUCUAAUCAAAAUCUUAAGAGCAUGUGCCAUUGAUUAUGGUGAUGUCAAUAUGAGUCAAAUAAAAACUGACCCCCCAAAGGGUUAGAGUCUCAAAGAAGUGUCUUUGAGCAAUAAAGGAGACAAAAGGAAUAAACAAAAAAAAUGUCUUUGGGCAUUGCUAAAAGGAAUAUUUGGAACCAAAUCGAGAAUUUACCAGCUGGAAUGUUGGACCUGGCAGGAAAAAGAAAAAAUAGUGAAUACCAUUGAUGGUCAAAAUAAAAGAAAGAUGUAUGUAUAUAAAAUGAAAAUGUAUAUUCAACAAGUGCUGGUUGAAAUGUUCUAUUUGGAAUCCCAGAUAUGUAUGUAUAGACAAAUAUGUAUACACACAUACAUAUAUAUUUCCCUUACUGCACUAAUCAGAGAAGAAUUUCCAGUCUUGUCGUCUCUUAUUCAUCUCCCUCAAUCUGCUCCCAGUGGUAUAAUGCUAUGUGCAUGUAUAAGAACUUCCAGGUUGCUCCAAAAUGAAGAAUCGUUUUUUUUCCUUUGAGAAUUGAGAGAAUGAUUAGCUUAGAUCAUAUUUUGUGAAUUUUCACUGAGAAUUUGAGGUAGACAAGAAUUUCUAUAUAUUUGAUAUGUCCAUAUGUUUUUGGAGCACAAAAAUCUGUUCAAAAUAUCACCAGAAUCACCAUAGAUUAAGAAAUGAGCCAAUUGUCACAUUAAAACUAAGGAGAUCUGUCGUUCUUUGGGCCUGCUUCCUUUCUGGUUUGUGCAAUGUUUAAGCAAUAUUUUUUUAAAUGGAUAAAACUCUAAGCUUGCAAAUAAAGGUAGAAGAAUUGUGUCUUUUACAACUUAGAUUACUUUUAAUGUGUAAGCCAUAUCUAAUAUGCAUAUUUGGUAUGCAUAAUUUUAAUGUAUGAAAUAUGUUUGCAUAAGAAGUGUACAAAGUGCAUUUCCAUGUCUUGUGAAUGAGGCUCUUAGUUUUUGUUUAGCCUCAGUCUCUUACGCAACACAGCUAUAUAAGGAAACUGUAUCAUAGGUGUUACAAUGCACUUGAUAUUUUUAUUUUAAGACUAAAGAUUGAUCUAUACUGAUAGUGUUGAAGAGAAUAAUUCCAUAUGUAUAUCUUGGCCACUUUGCUUCAUUUAAAAAAAAAUCUCUUUCUUUUCUUUCUUUUCUUUCCUUUGUUCCUAUUUUUUAUCAUUUCUUCUCUUCCCCCCCCCACUUUUUUUCUUUCCUUCUUUUUCUUCUCUGGUAUAGAAAGGGAAAAAAUAAUAUAAUUACUUCAUGGUAUUAGUUUUAAGCCAGCUAUUUGUCAGGUAGAGAGACUAUGUCCAUACCAACUCAUUUAAAACUUAGAAUUUAACUAUUUGUAAAGCCUAAUGUGCAAUGUUGUUCUCCGUGGCCUUUUAAUAAAGCUUUAGAUCCUCUCAACAUAAGAACAAUGAAAAAAACAGAUUCUGAAAUAUAGGGAGUUUGACCACUUUGUUUCUCUAUGAAUAAUUUAAGGACUACUGGAUUUCAUUACCAAAAUAAAUGCAUCUGUACAGAAUUCAUCAAUUCCUCUGUCUUGCCUUUAAACAAAAUUAUCCACUUACUAUCUUCCUGAGAGGCAGUGUGGCAUAGCAGGUAGAAAGUUGGCCUCUGGACUGGGGAGAUUUUAAUUCAAGUCACAUCUCUUGCUGUGUCACCUUGAGUAUUUAACCUCUUAAUUCUCUAGGCAACUCUCUAAGGCCAUCUGUGGAAGAGAAAGUGUCAACCUUCAUUAGUAGAAGGAUUUUCCUUUUCUAACAGUUGCCCAUAAAAAAUGAAAUUAUAAACACUCUUUACUUCCAUUUUAUCCUUCUAAAUACUGUAAGAGACUGUCAUGAGGUAGUGUCCCAGAGAAAAGUGAUUCCAAAUUUUUUACCUGAAUCAUCUCUUUGGACCAUUUCAUGCUUUUUUUUUUUUUUAAUACCUUUUUUCUAUUUCUGUUUGAGACAAUUUAAAAGAUCCACUCAAUUCAGAUUCUCCCAGGACAGUAAAUGUAUUAGUGAAGAAUGGGAGGGAGUACAACCAAAUCUACCCUGAAAGCAAAACUACUUAUUCUUUAUGCUUCUCCCCAGUGGUCAUACAGAAACCUGCCCUGAUUCUCGUUCCCCUUUACCUUAUUAUGAGGAGACAUCAUUCAGGCUUGUACCUUGGACUCAAAUGUUUGCUGUUUAACAGAACUCUCCUGUAAAAAUAAUGUGCUUUAGGAUCUAAAGAAUAACUCUUUAAUUUAAUUUUUAUCAUGGCAACCUUCUACAAUUGUGUUUUUACUAUCUGUACUUGUCCAUAUUUCCUAUUAUGAUAUUGCUAAAUAAAUCAUAUUUGAGGAGAA